GACAGGGGGCGACAAUCUGUGCCUUUGAGACGCCACAGACAGCAGACAGAGGAAGAGCUUCAGUAGGCGCAGUUAAGUCGAUGUUAGCUUAGCAGCACAACGAUUUGUUCUUGUGUGAGUGCAGUCAAAUCAAUUAUCAUCGACAAAACGAGAGCCAAGCACUUUAAACGAGGCUCUCUCACCUCUGCUACGCCAAGAUGAGCUUUCUAUUUGGCAGUCGCUCAUCCAAGACUUUUAAGCCUAAGAAGAACAUCCCUGAGGGGUCCCAUCAGUAUGAGCUGCUGAAACAUGCUGAGGCGACACUGGGCAGCGGGAACCUGAGGCAGGCUGUCAUGCUGCCAGAGGGAGAGGAUCUCAAUGAGUGGAUCGCAGUCAACACGGUGGAUUUCUUCAACCAGAUCAACAUGCUAUAUGGCACCAUCACAGAGUUCUGCACAGAGACCAGCUGCUCAGUGAUGUCUGCUGGACCAAGAUAUGAGUACCACUGGGCUGAUGGUACUAACAUUAAAAAGCCUAUCAAGUGCUCUGCCCCCAAGUACAUCGAUUACUUGAUGACCUGGGUCCAAGACCAGCUGGAUGAUGAGACACUUUUUCCAUCAAAGAUCGGAGUUCCUUUUCCCAAGAACUUCAUGUCUGUGGCCAAAACCAUCCUGAAGCGCCUUUUCAGGGUUUACGCCCACAUCUACCAUCAGCAUUUUGACUCAGUGAUGCAGCUGCAGGAGGAGGCUCACCUCAACACCUCCUUCAAGCACUUCAUUUUCUUUGUCCAAGAAUUCAACUUGAUUGACCGGCGAGAGCUCGCUCCCCUCCAGGACUUGAUUGAGAAGCUUGGUUCCAAGGACAGAUAGACAUUGCAUCACCCACUUUUUUUUUUUAGUUAUGUUUAUUUUCCCAACACUUCCUUUCUUUUUGUCACUAUCCCCCUUCUUGGCCUCUGCUACCUCUGUGACUUCUUGUCUCAACUCAGUGUGUGCCUUCUUUUCACUCCUCACAGCUCCAUCUGCUGUCUAACUACAGUCUGAAACUUUUUAUCCCUC